AUAUAACUUUUCGCCAAGUCUAUGGAUACUAAUUUAUUUAAUCUUCGUUUGGCACUACAAACGUUCCAACUGCAAUGACAUUUGCAAAAGGUCUGAUUUGUAUAACUAUGAGAAUGUCAUUAUUGAAAAUGACACAUAUAGAUAUUCUCUUCAUUAUAAUUAUUCAAUGAGGAUUCAACAUAAUCAAUCUCAAUCAGUUUCGAGUGACCGUUUUUAUAAUAAGAUAGAUCGCAGAUACUGGGCUUAUCCUCAGUUCUCGUUUAGUUAUUACGGUAAACACGUAGAAUAUUUUGGUUUUUACCCUG